AUGUUCAAGCCGGUUCAAUUUUCCAAUAACGUAUCAGCUGGAAGUUCAGAUUCGGAGGUAGAACCUUUGGAAACGCCUCACAAAGCGAGCGAUGAUGUUGAAAAGCAUGUUCGUCUAGAUAUCAAAACGGAAUCUGGCGAGCCUGCUUGUCCCAACGAUGAUAGCUAUGAGCUACCAAUAUUUCAGAAACGACCACUGAGUGAUACGCCCGUAGGAUCUUACUGGAAUUCACCAAACGACUCUGAAGAAAACUCACAGGACUCGACUCCCAUCCCUUCACCUCGAAACAGCUCAACUGAUCUGCAACAACUGCACGACAAAUACGAAGAGGACAAUGGAUCCACAGCCUCAAGUCACUCACAGUUCAUACAUCCUAAAGUACGGCCUACAACCAUUGACGUACCGGGAUUGACCAAGUCGCGCACUUCGCCGGACGGCACCAUUUCCAGCAAAGACCCGGGCUCGAAACUGGUGAUUGUAAUGGUAGGGCUACCCGCUACGGGAAAGUCUUUCAUCACCAACAAGUUGUCGCGUUUUCUAAACUACUCGAUGUAUUACUGUAAAGUUUUCAAUGUGGGAAACACCAGACGUCAAUUCGCCAAGGACCACAACCUACAAGACCAAGAUUCCAAUUUUUUUGACCCAUCCAAUCCAGAAAGUAAGGCUUUGCGGGAAAAAUGGGCAAUGGAUACUUUGGAUCAGCUUUUGGAUUAUCUUUUAGACGGUCCAGGUUCUGUGGGAAUAUUCGAUGCCACCAAUUCGACGAAAAGCAGGCGUAGAAAGGUGUUGGAAAAGAUCUACUCUCGUAACAACCAGAUCAAGGUGCUCUACCUAGAAAGUGUGUGUUCUGACAAGACAACGGUGGAAAAAAAUAUCAAACUCAAACUAUUUGGUCCCGACUACAAGGGUAAAGAUCCAGAAACUUCUUUACAUGAUUUUAAGGAGAGGCUCGCGAACUACAUGCAGGCCUACGAGCAGGUUGAAGAUGAUGAAAAUUUGCAGUACAUCAAGAUGAUCGACGUUGGCAAAAAGGUCAUCUCUUACAACAUUCAAGGGUUUUUGGCCUCUCAAACAGUAUACUACCUUUUGAAUUUCAAUUUGGCGGAGAGGCAGAUUUGGAUUACGAGAAAUGGUGAAAGUGAGUAUAAUGUUCAAGGCAAAAUAGGUGGUGACUCGGACCUAACACCUAGGGGUAAACGAUACGCCAAAGCUCUCGCUCGCUUCAUCGAUGAACAGCGCGCCAUCUUCACAGAAAAUGAAAUGAAACUUUACCUGGAAGAUCACGAAGACACAAAGAAUUUCAGUGCAACGGAAUUUUUCGUAUGGACGUCGAUGCUGAGGCGAGCAAUUGAGUCGGGUGAUUACUUUAACGAAGACGACUAUCCUAAUAAACAAAUGCGAAUGCUGGAUGAACUGAGUGCAGGGGAUUGUGAGGGAUUGACAUAUGCCUCGAUACAAGCCAAGCAUCCGGCCGAGUUCGAAGAAAGGCUCAAUGACAAGCUAAGGUAUAGAUACCCGGGGAUAGGCGGCGAAUCAUACAUGGACGUUAUCAAUCGUCUGAGGCCCGUUAUAACGGAAAUUGAGAGGAUAAAAGAGAAUGUUUUGAUAAUCACACAUCGAGUCGUUGCUCGCGUUCUUUUAGGCUACUUUCUCAAUCUGAGUCGAGACAUAAUAGCAAACCUUGACAUUCCUCUGCAUUGUGUCUACUGUUUAGAGCCCAAGCCAUAUGGUGUUACGUGGUCACUUUACGAAUACGAUGAAGGCAAAGACUCGUUUUUCAAAGUUCCCCAGAAUGAGCUCAACACAAUGAAGGUAAAGGAAAUUGGACUGGUUCAUUCCGAGAGAAGAUACUCCAUAGUUCCCACUGCACCGCCCAGCGUGGCUAAUACAAAAGGUGAGUUUUUGACGAGUAAUGCAAAUGCUACCAACUUGACCAAAAACUCUUCUCUAAAAGCUGGUAGCGCAUCCCAGCGUUUCCCAGUGGUAGGCGGGGGAACUUCUAUUGCAAGGCCCAGCCUAAGACCUCAAACAUCGCACCGUCCUAGCUCCAGUAGACUGGCUAGAGGACUAGACAGCUGGACUGAGGGGGAAAACCGCUCUAUUUCGACACCACCAAUUGUAGGCGGUGCACGUCAAAACAUCGAAAUCAGUAAACUUAAUGAAAAGCUGGCUCGACUGGGGAUAGCAGAGCCUCAAAGAGGCGUCGCAACCAGACCUGCACAAAUGAGCAGAAGUCAGAGCGAAUUUUAA